UAUAAAUUUAACCAUUUCCAUACGACAAAAUAAGUAGGCAACUUAACCCUUUUCAAUUGCAAGCUUCGGUUCUUCUUCUGGAAACCAUGUUUGCUCGAACAUCCAGGUUUCGACAUACUGGCAACUAUGGCUUAGCUUCGUUGUUACCAAAAGCUAUUUCCGGGGCUCAUUUAUUUGAAAAGUUUCUCUUUAGCUCAGUUGGAUUUGCUAAAGACGAUGAAGCAAUUUCUACUACUACCAAGCUUUUUUUCAUUAGUGGAUCAUGGUCUCAGUUUUGCUACUCAACAAAUGCGACCGUUCACUCUCAGAACCCUCUCUUGUCGGAUUACCUCAUCAAAUCACUGGGAUUCUCCAGAUAUGAAGCAAAUAAUGUAGCUGCCAAGUUGAACAGUGUGAAAGCUCCUAAGAAUCCUGAUUUGGUAAUCAAAUUCUUUCAAGAGAUGGGUUUAGAACGGACAGAGAUCAAAAAAUUAGUUUCUAUUACACCGAGACUGCUUUUUUCUGAUGUAAACAGAACCCUUAAACCCAAGCUUCAGUGUCUGCGAAAAGUUAAGGUAUCUGGAUCUGACCUAGUUGAUUUCUUCCUAGCAGACGGAAAGGCUUUAUAUAAAGUAGUAGGUUCUCAUUUGAGGACUAAUUUGGAUUAUCUUGGGAAACUAGUUAGUAGUGAGGAAACUUUGGUUAAACUUAUAAAGAGAUCACCUAGUUUACUUGCUGUCAAUUGUCCAACAAGAUUUGAACCCAAAAUAUUGUUGUUGCAAAAUUUUGGUUUUUCAAAUGCCAAAAUCGAGAAGCUUAUACUUCAGAAACCACGUAUACUUUUGCAAAAUUUCGAGUGGCUAGAGGAGAUAUUGCACAGAGUUGAAAAGGAUUUACAAAUUUCUCCCAAAUCUGGAAUGUUUAUUUACGGAGUUAUUGCUUUAAUUGCACUUGGUAAGUCAACAGUGGAAAACAAAAUGGGAGUCUUCAGGAGUUGUGGAUGGUGUGAUCUGGAUAUAAUGACUGUGUUCAGAAAGCAACCCCUCUGUUUGGUUACGUCAGAAGCUAGAAUUCUGCGAGCAUUGGACUUUUUCACGAGGGUACUCGGAUUCAAACCGGAAUAUUUAAUUAAUUACCCUGCGUUUCUAAUGCUUAGCCUGGACAAGAGAGUGAUUCCUAGAAAUGAAGUACUGAAAGUUUUAAAGGAGAAGAAGCUGAUUCAGGAAGUAUCUUUUUCUCAAGCUAUGUUUAUAUCUGAACCUAGGUUUCGUUCAAGAUUCGUGCUUCCUUACAAGGAUGAGGUACCUAAUCUCUAUGAGUCAUAUGUGACAUGCGUGAGACGUUAGAGACAUGAUGGUCGGUCAAAUGAGGUGUGAUUUUCAUCUUUAUGGUUCAUACUCAUGUCUUUCAGUCAAAUGAAUUUUGUUUCUUCAGGUCUUUACUGUUUUGUAUUUGAAGUUACAACUAUUAGUUCCCCUGCACUGUGGUAAUUUCAUUUUCUCUGUCCAUCCUGCUUAUAUUCGUUUGAUCCUUUUGAGUUCCGGACUAAGCGUGAAUUGAAUAAUCUUGUUUCUCGCUAUAUAUGACUACUCGUUGAAUCCUCUGGUUAUUCUUUUGCUCUACAUGUUUUCCAACUUUUCUUCUGGGCAGAGUGCUUGUUUGUGGACUCUACCUAGACUGCAGAUUCAACAACUAGUUGCAGCAUGUUAAGAGGUUUAUUGUAGCAACUGAGUCUGGAUUACUCUUUAGUUGAAGAUGGAGUUGCACAAUUCCUUUGCCUUACAAGACUUGGCAACAGUUUGGUAAUAGAGGGACACAGAUUUUUUAAGUUCCUUUUGUCUUCCCAUCGGGUGUUCAGUACCUACAUUUGGAUUCCAACUAAAUCUGGAUUUGCGCCGGUAAUGCCAGAACAAUAUUGGUGUCGAUACAAUGAGAUGGAAUUAUGAUUUGUUUUGGGUGAAUUCUCAUGUAUAACUUAGGCCUUAUUUGUUUGCACUUAAUGAAGGUGUUAAAUCUUAAUCAUUCAGAUUUUAAUGAUUAAGUCGGUUUGUUUUCAAGAUUUGAAUCUUAAUCAUUCAGAUGUCAGUCAUUAAGUCUGUUGUUUUCAAGGUCUGAAUCUUAAUCAUUCAAAUUUUAAUCAUGAAGUGUGUUUCUUUUUUUUUUA